UAGAAUUGGCUUUUGGUCGCCAGGCAAGCUACUGGCGGAGGCUGACCUUUCUUCGCAGAUCCAUGUCGAUGACCGUGACCAUGAAAUUGACGUGUGUCCGUGGCCGUGUCCCUUGUUGUGGACGCGUAUGUGGCCGCUUUCCUCCCUGUGGACGAGUACGUCGUGGCUGUGUCUCUCUUUAUGUCCGUGUCCGUGUCCGUGUCCGUGGCCAUGUCCCUCUUUGUGGACGCGUAUGUGGCCGCGUUCCUUAUGGACGAGUACGUCGUGGGUGUGUCUCUCUUUAUGGCCGUGGCCGUGACGCUCCUUGUGGACGAGUGCGUGGCCGUGUCCCUCUUUGUGGCCAUGCCUCUCUUUGUGACCGUGCUGUCCAUCUUUGUGUCCUUGGCCGUGUACCUGUUUCUGGCCAUGUCCAUGCUGGCGGGCGCCUUGAUGACCGGGAUGGCCGGCGCGAUGGUGGUGACCGUCUCCCAUGCUUAUGUGCUGAAGGUUUUCUUUGUGGCAGCGAAUGUCAAUUUGGAGAUGCGUUGUGAUUGUUUACGGUGAUGAAGAGCAAAGACAGGGCCAGCGCUUCAAUGAUAAAUAGGAGAAAAGCUUCAAGCAGACAAGACAAUCCACUGUGGGGCCCCCUUACCAUUCUUCUGCGAUAGCGUUA